CCAUAUAUAUAGUAUCCGGUGCCAGCCUCCAGCAUGUCACACCUGAUCGUGCCUGCCCAACUAACUAACUGCAACAUGAAGUUCACCCUAGCCCUCGUGUUCGUCGCGGCCUUCGUAGCCGUACAAGGAGUUCCCUUCCCAAACCUUGGCUCUUCUAGCAGCAUCGAUGGCUUGAGUAGCAGCCAAGACUUAGCCAGCUCAGCUUCUCAGAGCGCUUCUAGUGCCAGUGGAGGUGCUGCAAGCUCCGCCGAUGAAUUGAACGCUGGUAGCGGAUUAGGCAAUAGCGGCAUAUCAAGUGGAUUAAGCGCGGCUGGCGGAUUACCUAACGCUAGCGGAUCGAGCAGUAGCAGCGGAAUUACCGGUAUCAGUGGAGUUCCUGGCAACAAUGGAUUAAGUAGCAGCAGUGGCUCAAGCAGCAACAAUGGGUCAAGCGGCAGCAGUGGAUCAAGCGGCAGCAGUGGUUCAAGCAGCAACAAUGGAUCAAGCGGCAGCAGUGGCUCAAGUAGCAACAAUGGAUCAAGCGGCAGCAGUGGCUCAAGUAGCAACAAUGGAUUAAGCGGCAGCAGUGGCUCAAGCAGCAGCAACAAUGGAUCAAGUGGCAGCAGUGGCUCAAGCAGCAGCAACAAUGGAUCAAGCGGCAGCAGUGGCUCAAGUAGCAACAAUGGAUCAAGCGGCAGCAGUGGCUCAAGCAGCAGCAACAAUGGAUCAAGCGGCAGCAGUGGCUCAAGCAGCAGCAACAAUGGAUCAAGCGGCAGCAGUGGCUCAAGUAGCAACAAUGGAUCAAGCGGCAGCAGUGGCUCAAGCAGCAGCAACAAUGGAUCGAGCGGCAGCAGUGGCUCAAGCAGCAGCAACAAUGGAUCAAGUGGCAGCAGUGGCUCAAGCAGCAGCAACAAUGGAUCAAGUGGCAGCAGUGGCUCAAGCAGCAGCAACAAUGGAUCAAGUGGCAGCAGUGACUCAAGCAGCAGCAACAAUGGAUCAAGUGGCAGCAGUAGCUCAAGCAGCAGCAACAAUGGAUCAAGCGGCAGCAGUGGCUCAAGUAGCAACAAUGGAUCAAGCGGCAGCAGUGGCUCAAGCAGCAGCAACAAUGGAUCAAGCGGCAGCAGUGGCUCAAGUAGCAACAAUGGAUCAAGUGGCAGCAGUGGCUCAAGCAGCAGCAACAAUGGAUCAAGCGGCAGCAGUGGCUCCAGCAGUAGCAAUGGAUCAAGUGGCAGCAGUGGCUCAAGCGGCAGCAGUGGAUCAAGCGGCAGCAGUGGCUCAAGCGGCAGCAGUGGAUCAAGCGGCAGCAGUGGCUCAAGCGGCAGCAGUGGAUCAAGCGGCAGCAGCGGAUCAAGCGGCAGCAGUGGCUCAAGCGGCAGCAGCGGAUCAAGCGGCAGCAGUGGCUCAAGCGGCAGCAGCGGAACAAGCGGCAGCAGUGGCUCAAGCGGCAGCAGCGGAUCAAGCGGCAGCAGCGGAUCAAGCGGCAGCAGUGGAUCAAGCGGCAGCAGUGGAUCAAGCGGCAGCAGCGGAUCAAGCGGCAGCAGUGGCUCAAGCGGCAGCAGCGGAUCAAGCGGCAGCAGUGGCUCAAGCGGCAGCAGCGGAUCAAGCGGCAGCAGUGGCUCAAGCGGCAGCAGCGGAUCAAGCGGCAGCAGUGGCUCAAGCGGCAGCAGCGGAUCAAGCGGCAGCAGUAGCUCUAGCAGCAGUAAUGGAUCAGGCAGUAGCAGCGGAUCUAGCCAAAGUUCCGGAAGCCAGGGAGGCAGCAGCAGCAGCUCGUCUUCCAAUUAGAAGACCAACUCGCCGAACUCUUCCGAACCGUCCAACCAGUGAAUUCCAAAUUGAAUCCGUACAUAAACUAUUAAGAUAUGUUAUUCGUCGUAUAACAGCAGCUUAUGUUAAAAAAUAUAUCCAAAAUAAGUAAAGACGAAAUAAACGUAAUUUCAGCAUCCA